CGUGAACAGGUAUCCUUCACAUGCCGUUGCUAGAUUCGCUAAGUUACCUCACGCCAAUCGCGUGGGAUACACGCACGCAAAUGCAUGGGUCUCAAAACUAUCGUCAUGGUGGUUGAAGUCAAAAAUUCGCUCUUGCUCUCUCCCCGGUCUCCCCUCGCUCGCGCGCUCUUCCAGGCCGACGUCCACCCCGGCCGCCACUUUCGUUCCUCACGCCCACUCGUUUGCUUCCGAGCUCCCCUAGACGCGUUUAGACGCGUAUCAGACCGCAUUUCAGCACACCAUGAAGUUCAGCACCACUCUCGUUUCGCUCUCGCUCGUUCUCGCCGGCUCUCUCGUUAAUGCCGCGCACAUCUCCAACCUGCACCACUUGAAGCAGGCUCAGGUUCACGGACGCCGCAGCGGUCCCUCUGCGACGUACUCCUCGUCUACGGCGUCUGCUACCUCCUCCGUGACGCCCACGUCUAGCUCAUCGAGCGCGGCCGCGUCGCCGACGUCCACAGGCAGCUCGUCUGGUUGCUCCUUCUCGAGCGGCAUCAAGCGAGGCCUCUCGUUCAAUGACGCGUCGCUGACGAGCCAGUUCACCUCCGGGCAGGUCAGCUGGGCGUAUAACUGGGGCCAGACAUACUCGGGCAGCCUCCCGGACGGCGUCGCGUUCAUUCCCAUGCUCUGGAGCGACGCCGACUCGUUCACGUCUACGUGGCAAACCAACGCUCAGGCUGCGAUUGACAACGGCACCGAGUUCUUGAUGGGGUGCCCAUUCGCAGGCAAGGCCAAGCUCGUCGGCCCUGCCAUCACGAACGGCGGUGCUCCCAUGGGCGAGACCUGGCUAAACGAGUUCAUCGGCAACUGCACGCAGUGCACAAUCGACAUCUACGCGAUGCACAUCUACGACUCCGCCACGAACGAGGCCUACUACAAGGAGUACAUCUCCAACUUCGCCAGCACUUACAACAAGACGGUGUGGGUGACUGAGGUGAGUGCGGAGCGUGCAUCAGCGCGCAGGAUGGGCAUGGCGCUGAUAGAGCGGUACAGUUUGGCGCGACCGGCGACGACUCGGCCGGCGUCGGCGCGUACGCCUGGUUUAUGGACACAGUCGGCAACCUCGUCAACAGCGACAGCAGCCUCACCUCGCUUGCCGAGACCUACGUCGCCUAAACGCCUCAUCCACCUUUCGCUUCCGCACUGUCCCCGUUUCCGCAUUGUUUCCUCCUCGCUCUCUGGUUCCGCUUUGUCCCCUUGAGCGGUGCCUGCUAGAAGUGGGCACCGCUGUGCUUGUGCUCGUUAUGGCUGGCCUCGGCCCAGUCCUUCGCGAGGGUGUCCUCGGUCCCAGGCGGCCGAGGCUGCCCAAGCUAAGUUGACACAUCAGGUAUUGGUACCCGCAUCACUUUAGACCUGUAGCCCCACAUGUGCCCUCGAAGGGCUGUCCCCAGAAUAUGCUGAAUUGUAUGCAGCGCUGCAGUUGUGAU